CCUUUCCGUUCUCACAGCAGUGCCUUUGAUGGAGGUGUCUGCAUAAAUGAGGAACAUCUGCUGAUAAGUUCUUCUUGCCCCCACCCCCAAGGGCUCGGCUGUCUGUGAGAAGAUAACAGCAGAGGAUUUCAAUUCUCCAAGUCUGGGAUGCUGCCAAUGCAUAAGAAGAAUGAGUUUCCUCAGACAAGUCAGACUUUUGCUGUGGAAAAACUGGAUACUUCGAAAAAGGCAGAAGCUUCGCCUUCUGGUUGAGCUGUUAUGGCCUCUGUCCUUAUUUCUUGUCCUGGUCUGGCUGAGGAAGGCCAACCCACUCUAUCGCCAUCAUGAAUGUCACUUUCCAAAUAAGGCAAUGCCCUCAGCUGGAACUCUGCCAUGGUUACAGGGCAUUUUCUGUAACAUGAACAAUCCUUGUUUCAACAGUCCUACUCGUGGGGAGUCUCCUGGUGUUGUGUCCAACUACAAUAAUUCCAUUUUAGCAAGAGUGUAUCGAGAUGCGCAAGAACUCUUGCUGGAAGCCCCUGGAAUAGAACUGGGCAGACUCUGGGAAGAACUUCGGGCCAUGACCCAGUUUAUGGAUACUAUGAGGACUAAUCCUGAAAGGAUUGCCGGAAGAGGCAUACGAAUCCAGGAUAUCUUAAAAGAUGGGGGAAACCUAACUAAAUUUCUCCUUGAAGAUAUGGGACUUCCAGAUACGGUAGUCUACCAUCUAAUAAAUGCACAAGUGCGACCUGAACAGUUUGCCUUUGGGGUCCCGGACUUGACUCUGAAAGAUAUUGCUUGCAGCAAGGACCUGCUCAAUCGCUUUAUCAUCUUCAUCAGUCCAAACGGCUUUCAAGCUGUGUAUAGUGCAAUGUGCGCCCUUUCUCAGGAGGACUUGCAGAGAGUUGAGGACUCUUUGUAUGCAAAUGCAGACUUCUUUAAACUUUUCCAGUUGCUUCCCACUGUCUUAGACAGUAAUGCUCAAGGUGCUGAUCUGAGAUUAUGGGGGCGUAUACUUUCUAAUGCGUCUCAUGCAGUGCGGGAGCUGGCACACAGGCCAAGUGUUCAAGACCUUUUAUCAAUUUUGCAACCAUUUCUGCAAGAUGGAGAUCCACCAUCCUUAUGGCAGCUGAUGAGUUCUUUGUCUGAUCUUUUCUGUGGUUACCCAGAGGGAGGGGGUUCCAGAAUAAUUUCUCUCAAUUGGUACGAAGAUAAUAAUUACAAGGCUUUCCUUGGAGUUGACUCUACAAAGAAGCAACCAGUUUAUUUUUAUGACAACGGAACCACACCCUUUUGUAACACAUUGAUCCAGAUCAUGGAAUCAAACCCUUUAACCAAAAUAGCCUGGAGUGCUGUGAAACCACUACUGAUGGGGAAAAUUCUCUUUGCUCCUGAUUUGCCUGCCGUGCAGGACAUACUAAAGAAUGCAAAUUACACAUUUGAGGAACUGGAGCGCCUCAGACUGUUGACUAAAGCCUGGACAGAAGUGGGACCUCAGGUGUGGAACUUCUUUCAAGACAGUGUGCAGAUGAACAUGAUUCGGGACACUCUGCAAAAUCCUACAGUGAAAGAUUUCUUAAAUGAGCAGCUGGCUUCUGAAGGUUUAACCGCAGAAGACGUGAUCAGUUUUCUCCACAAUGGGCCACCGGAGAGACGAAGGGAAGGCAUGGUCAACUUUGACUGGAGAAGCAUCUUUAGUGUCAUCGACCAGGCUCUGCGUAUGAUCCACCAGUACCUGGAGUGCUUAACCCUUGAUAAAUUUGAAAGCCAAGCUGAUGAAACUCAGAUGACUCAACGUGCUCUCCAUCUUCUGGAGGAAAACAAAUUCUGGGCUGCUGUUAUCUUCCCAGACCUGGACUCCACAACCAACCAGCUGCCAUCUCAUGUGAAAUAUAAGAUUCGUAUGGAUAUAGAUGCAGUGGAGAAAACAAACAAAAUUAAAGACAGGUACUGGGAUCCUGGUCCAAGAGCUGACCCUGUAGAUGAUUUACGUUACAUCUGGGGUGGCUUUGCAUAUCUGCAAGAUAUGAUUGAACAUGGGAUUAUCAAGACCCAGACCCCUGCUGAGGUGCCUGCAGGGAUCUACCUGCAACAAAUGCCCUAUCCCUGCUUUGUGGAUGAUGUCUUCAUGGUUACUCUGAACCGUUCCUUCCCCAUCUUCAUGGUGCUGGCUUGGAUCUACUCCGUCUCUAUGACAGUAAAGAGCAUUGUGCUGGAGAAAGAAAUGAGACUGAAGGAGGCCAUGAAAAACAGGGGGGUCACUAAUGGGGUGAUCUGGUUCACAUGGUUCCUAGACAGCUUUAUCAUGAUGGCUGUGAGCACAUUUCUCCUGACGGCACUCAUUACGUAUGGCAAAGUUCUUCACUACAGCAAUCCCCACCUCCUCUUUCUGUUCCUGUUGACCUUCACCACAGCCAGCAUCAUGCAGUGCUUCCUGCUCAGCACCUUCUUCUCCAAGGCUAAUCUGGCAGCUGCCUGCAGUGGAGUCAUCUACUUCACCCUCUACUUGCCCCACAUUGUCUGCUUUGCUUGGCAGGACCGUCUGACCAUUAGACUAAAGGUUUUGGCAAGUUUGCUUUCACCUGUGGCUUUUGGGUUUGGUACAGAAUACUUAUCACGCUAUGAGGAGCAAGGCCUUGGGCUACAGUGGGGUAACAUUCGAACCAGCCCACUGGAAGGAGACCAGUACAGUUUCUUGUUCUCUAUGGAGAUGAUGCUUUUUGAUGCUUUUAUCUAUGGAUUGCUUGCUUGGUACUUGGAUAAUGUCUUCCCAGGAGACUACGGGAUACCACGGCCUUGGUAUUUCCCUUUGCAGCAGUCUUACUGGCUUGGAUCUGGGCACCCAGAGGCUAAGAAAACAGCAACUGCUGAUGACAGAGGUUCAGAGAAGGAAGGCAGUGUCGACAAAAAGGCUGAAGAAGAAGAGAUGAAAAAAAGCAUGGCUGGCGAGCCUGACAAGGGAGAAGACAAGAUUGACAGCCAGAGGAAGAAGGAUGGUAAAGAAAACAAAUGUAAACACAAAAGAAAAAAAGAGUGCAACAAGCAGGGGAAGCCUGAGACAGAGGCAAAAGACAAAGAUGACAUUCCUACAAACCGCUUCUUUGAAGCCGAGCCUUCUGGUCUAGUCCCAGGUGUGUGCAUUCAGAAUCUGGUGAAGAUUUUCCCCAGUCGCUCCAAGCCAGCUGUGGAUGGAAUGAGUAUUACUUUCUAUGAGGGUCAGAUCACAGCUUUUCUGGGCCACAAUGGAGCUGGAAAGACAACCACUAUGUCAAUUCUUACAGGUUUGUUCCCACCUACAUCUGGAACAAUACUGGUUGGUGGUAAGGACAUCCAGAUACACAUGGACUCCAUUCGGCAGAAUUUAGGCAUGUGCCCUCAGUACAACAUCUUGUUCAAUCACCUGACUGUUGCAGAACACAUCCUGUUUUAUGCUCAGCUGAAAGGGAGGUCAAGAGAGGAGGCUGAACUGGAAAUGGAGAUGAUGCUGAAAGACAUAGGCCUCUCACAUAAAAGAAAUGAAGAGGCUCAAAACUUGUCAGGUGGUAUGCAGCGGAAGUUGUCUGUUGCUGUUGCCUUCGUAGGUGAAGCAAAGGUGGUUGUCCUGGAUGAGCCCACCUCUGGAGUUGAUCCAUAUUCCAGACGAUCUAUUUGGGACCUUCUACUAAAGUAUCGUUCAGGUAGGACCAUCAUCCUGUCUACCCAUCACAUGGAUGAGGCGGACAUACUUGGAGACCGAAUUGCCAUCAUUUCCCAAGGGAAACUGCACUGUUCAGGUUCCCCUGUUUUCCUAAAGAACUCCUUUGGGACAGGAUUUUAUCUCACCUUGGUCCGCAAGAUGAAAACCUUCCAAGACAGUGGAGGAAAGGAGGCAACCUCCUGCAGCCUGGGAUCCAACUGUUCCUGUUCCUGCUCCAGUUGUGCACCUGCACCCAAAACAGAAACUGGUGAACAGGAGCUGGAUGGUGAUGUGAAUGAGCUAAAUGAACUGAUCCUUCAUCAUGUUCCAGAAGCAAAGUUAAUCGAAAGUAUUGGUCAAGAACUUGUCUACCUUCUGCCCAGUAAGGAUUUCAAACAACGUUCCUAUGCCAGUCUCUUCAGAGAAUUGGAGGAAACCCUGGCUGAUGUGGGACUCAGCAGUUUUGGGGUUUCAGACACACCACUUGAAGAGGUUUUCCUGAAGGUCACAGAGGCUGAUCCUGAAACACAGAAUGCAGGAGCUGCACAGGAGAAUGGUCUCACCAUUGAAAAAACUACCAAUGUACAAGAGGGAGCCCACCAAAUCAAUGGCACUUCUCGGACACCGGAGGCGAUGGGAGAUGGGAAUGGAGGCAAAGGAUCCAAGCAGAAUAAAGGUUGUCAGCUCAUCUUUCAGCAGAUCAAAGCUCUUCUUAUCAAACGAUUCCACCAUACCACCCGUAGCUUUAAAGAUUUCCUUGCUCAAAUUGUCCUACCUGCUAGCUUUGUGCUGCUGGCUCUGAUACUCACAGUCCUCAUCCCUCCAUUUGGUGAAUAUCCCAGUUUAACUCUCCACCCCUGGAUCUAUGGACACCAGUUCACUUUCUUCAGCAAUGAACAACCUGGAAAUGAGCAGAUGCUUUCUCUUAUUGAUGCCUUCUUAAAUAAACCAGGAUUUGGAAAUCGUUGCUUGAACAAAGAGCCCCUCCAGAACUAUCCUUGUAUUAAUACAUCAGCUGCUUGGAAGACACCACCUGUUUCUUAUAAUGUAUCGGCCCUUUUCCAAACCAAUAAGUGGAGCCCUGACAACCCUUCGCCCUCCUGCAGAUGCAGCACCCAGAAGAAACUCACUAUGCUACCUGAGUGCCCUUUGGGAGCUGGAGGACUUCCUCCUCGACAGAGAGUUCAACAUAGCACAGAAAUUCUUCAAGAUCUCACUUACCGAAACAUUUCAGAUUUCCUGGUGAAAACCUACCCCAACCUCAUAAGAAGCAGUUUGAAGAGCAAAUACUGGGUCAAUGAGAAAAGAUAUGGAGGGAUUUCUAUUGGAGGAAAACUCCCAGUCCUUCAUGUCACUGGAGACCAAAUUGUUAGUUUUAUGAGAGAUCUUGGUCAAAUGAUGAACAUAACGGGGGGUGAAGCAUCAAUGGCUAUCUCUAAAGAAAUGUCAAAUUUUCUUAAAUACAUGGAAACUGAAGACAACAUUAAGGUAUGGUUUAACAAUAAAGGCUGGCAUGCAAUGGUCAGUUUUCUUAAUGUAGCCAACAAUGCAAUCCUGAGAGCCAAUCUGGAGAAAGGUAAAGACCCUGCAAAAUAUGGGAUAACUGCUAUCAACCAUCCUUUGAACCUCACUAAGGAGCAGCUCUCUGAAGUCACUGUACUGGCAACUUCAGUAGAUGCUGUGGUUUCCAUCUGUGUGAUUUUUGCCAUGUCCUUCAUCCCAGCAAGUUUUGUCCUCUAUCUGAUCCAAGAACGAGUGACAAAAGCCAAGCACCUCCAGUUUGUCAGUGGCGUGGGCCUUUCUGUUUACUGGAUCACCAAUUUCCUUUGGGAUAUAGUGAAUUAUAUUGUGAGUGCUGGCCUGGUAGUGGUGAUAUUCAUUGGUUUCAAAAAGAAAGCAUACACAUCCCCAAGCAACCUCCCUGCACUUAUUGCAUUGCUACUUCUAUAUGGCUGGGCCAUAAUUCCUAUGAUGUACCCGGCAUCCUGCUUUUUCAGCAUCCCCAGUACUGCCUAUGUUGCCUUGUCUUCCAUUAACCUCUUUAUUGGUAUCAACAGUAGUGCCAUUACAUUUAUCCUGGAACUCCUUGAAAACAACCCUUCUCUCCUUAAAUUCAAUAAAACACUGAAAAAUAUCCUGCUAAUCUUUCCACAUUUCUGCCUGGGCCGUGGGCUCAUUGAUUUAGCCAUGAACCAAGCUGUGACUGAUGUGUAUGCUCGGUUUGGAGAAGAGCAUGUCCUGAAUCCAUUUCACUGGGAUUUUGCUGGAAAAAACAUGGUGGCCUUGGCGGUGCAGGGUCUUGCAUAUUUUGUUCUGAAUCUCCUGAUGCAACAUAAUUUCAUCUCUACAAGAUGGCUUCCUCAAAAUACUCUGAUGCCCAUUACUGAUGAAGAUGAAGAUGUUGCAGAGGAAAGACAACGAAUCAUGAGUGGAGGCGGCAAAACAGAUAUCUUGAAAUUGCAAGAACUGACUAAGAUCUAUGCAGGUCGACACACACCAGCAGUGGAACAACUCUGUGUUGGUGUUCGUCCUGGAGAGUGCUUUGGCCUCCUGGGUGUGAAUGGAGCUGGCAAAACAACAACUUUCAAAAUGCUGACUGGGGAUACUGAAGUAACAUCUGGAGAUGCUAUGGUGGCUGGCCACAGUAUACUGACUCAUAUUUCUGAUGUCCAUCAAAACAUGGGCUACUGCCCACAGUUCGAUGCUAUUGAUGAUCUGCUCACAGGGAGAGAGCACUUACAUCUUUAUGCCCGUCUGCGUGGUGUCCCGGAAGCCGAGGUUAAGACAGUAGCAGAGUGGGGCAUUCAGAAACUUGGUCUCUCGAGGUAUGCAGAUCAGUUGGCAGGUACAUACAGUGGAGGCAACAAACGCAAGCUGUCCACUGCCAUUGCACUGAUAGGGUGUCCUCCUUUAAUCCUUCUGGAUGAGCCAACAACAGGAAUGGACCCUCAGUCUCGACGCUUCUUAUGGAACUCAAUUGUCAGUGUGAUCAGAGACGGAAGAGCAGUGGUUCUAACUUCACACAGCAUGGAGGAAUGUGAGGCACUCUGUACACGCCUGGCAAUCAUGGUUAAGGGGACCUUCAAAUGCCUGGGCACCAUCCAGAACCUCAAAUACAAAUAUGGAGAUGGCUACAUUGUCACAAUGAAAAUCAAGGCCCCUAAACCUGGAUUGCCUCCAGAUCCAAGCCUUGCUGAACACUUCAUACAAGUGAAUUUCCCAGGCAGCAUACAGAGGGAAAAACACUAUAACAUGCUGCAGUACCAGAUAUGCGCGUACUCACUGGCCAAGAUCUUCCGGCUGAUUCUCUCCAACAGGGACAACUUAAAUGUGGAGGAAUAUUCUGUCUCACAAACUACCCUAGAUCAGGUUUUCGUGAACUUUGCUAAACAACAGAUGGAAGAUGAGGAAAUUCCUCUUCACCCUCGUGCAGCUGGAGCGAAUAGAGAGGUGAAGGUGACCCCUGCUUUCUCAUGACACACAACUGCAUAGAGGGGCUCGGCAGCAGAUAAAACAGAGAGUCCAACAAGAGAGGGCCAUGCCAUAGCAGGCUACUACAAAUACUGAAUAAACUCACAAGUGCAAUAGUAAAACAAAACAAUGUGUUACUUUGGGAGCACUCACUACACACAGUGGGGUCAAAUAAGUAGGUUUGGUUUGAUGAAAAAUCCUUUUUCAGUACAACCAUAGCAUGCACAUGUGUGUGUACUUUUUAUAAACUAAGUAUGCAUGUCCCAUCACUUCCUAGUUAUGUUCGGCACCAAAAGCAGAAACAUCACAGGUGUUGAACUGCCUGUUAGAAAUGACAGGCAAGAAGUACUUUUCAGGCAGUAUGUCUUCCUCAUGGGUCUAAUCUGGAGUAAGGGGUAGCGAUGUGCACAGAACUGAUCCAGCAUUCCUUGUCUGGAGUGCCCAACAGGUUCCGUGGAGUGGCGUCCAAGCCGAUUCAAACACGGGCCGGGGGGGUGCUUAAGAGGCAGGGAAGGCGCUGCUUACCUGCCAACCCCUGCCCCACUGCU